GAGGGCCAAGAAUUAUGACGGAUUUGGUUAAUACAUCAGCUUUCAGAAGCAAUGAUGGUGAUGAAGGUUUCUUUUCCGUGGAAAAAAGAAGCCAUCUUGGGCAAUGAACUGUCGGAGUUUCGUUCUAAUUUCAUAUCUGGUGGAUUCGAAGCUACUCUAAAUCGAUGGAGCAAGUGGCUAGUAUUUGCACUUUUUGGGGCUUUCAUUCUUUUGAGGCAUGAUACUGAAGCUUUAUGGGCUGCAAUGGGGUUUGACAUAAAUGCAUGGCUUUCAAUUACCAAAAAGCGGAUACUCAAUCAAGAGCGACCUGUUUCCACCUUGAGGUCUGACACUGGGAUGCCAUCUUCACAUGCACAGACAAUCUUCUUUACUGUCAUUUUUGCAAUUCUAUCAUUGGUUGAGUGGCUAGGGAUCAAUGGAUUCACCAUAAUUGUCGGGGUGUUUGUCUUGGCUUGUGGCUCAUACUUUUCAUGGCUAAGGGUCUCGCAACAACUCCAUACACUCAGCCAAGUCAUAGUGGGGGCUGUCUUGGGGUCCAUUUUCUCCAUCUUGUGGUUUUGGUCAUGGAAUGCAAUUGUGCUGAAAGCAUUUAUUUCAUCUCUUUGGGUUCGGGUUCUUGUUGUUCUGGGGGCUAUUGGAUGUUGUGUGAAUUUUCUGUUGUAUGUGACCAUGGAUCUUAGACUCCUCGCCAAGAACAAGCAAGAAAACCGCCUCAAGAUUGCUCGUGCUGGGGCUGUAAGGCCUCUUAUCUCUCUUAUCUCCUCUUCUGAUGCUCGGCUUCAAGAGCCUCUUCGGCACAGACUUAACACCACGAAGCAAUGGAACGGGCGAUCCAGAGUCGAGCCGAGAAAUGUGAACAAACUGCCCGAGCUAGAUCUUAUCGUUGAAGAUCAAAUCGACGUCCUCAUCUGA